AAAGUGAAAUUGCACGAAGGAACGGCCAAAGUGGAUUUAGUUUUCAACCGUUUCUGCAGUAGUGUCAGUUCCAGUUCCAGCCAUGGAGUUUAUUAGCUUCUUACUGUCUUACUUUGCAUCGAAAAAUAUUUUAUUUCUUACCGCAUUUCUGUGUUGGAGUAAAGAAGACAUCCUGCUACUCCAGCGCACGGCGUCCCGGCGCGGCCUCCGCUUGGUGGUUCACUCUGGCCCGGGGCUGCCCCGGCUGGAGGGCGACGGGCUGGAGAGGGUGCAGGGGUACGCGCUGGACGUGGACUGUCCCGGGGCGGAGCGGGUUAUUGCUCAGGCGUCAAAUACUCGAGCGUUUAACCAGCGCCAUUCCUGGUUCCUUUUUGAAGACUCCGCGUACAACGACACAAAGGUGGACUCCAUUUUGUCUGACGCCGCCAUUUUGCUCGACGCUGAUGUUGUGUGGUUCUCCAAUGACGUUGCUGUGGAUUUGUACAGAGUAAACAUCCACGAGCCGCUCCUCACCAUGCGGCUGAAUGUUCCUCGGAGUGUCUCGGCCCUGCAGCAGUACUGGCGCCGGCUGCCCAGCGCCGUAGCUCGGAGGAAGGACUUUGGGGGGGUCUACGUUAAAGCGGUUCUAGUUAUAUCCCACCCGGAGAGUUUCCGCGGCUGGGACGACCUGUCCACGAAGCACAUCGACACGCUGCCCAAGGCCACCUACCCGCUCGUCAUGCUGCUCGCUGAUGAUAUGAACUUCAGAUACGACUUCAUGCAGGUCCAGACCUUCGGCGGGCUGGUGAACGGGUCCUUCCUCAACAGCGCCGUGGGCGUCGUGGAGCAGGGCCGCGCCGAGGUGGCCGCCACCAGCAUGAUCUUCCGAAGGGACCGCAUGCGGCAGACGCACUUCGUCACUGAGACCUACGACUUGGGUCCAGCGUACAUCUUCCGCCAGCCCCCGCAGUCGGCCGUGGCCAACAUCUUCCUUCUCCCUCUCUCCCGCGGGGUCUGGAUCGCCAGCGGUGUCGUCUUCUCCCUCAUAGCCCUGUUCCUGGCUGUCUUCAGCAGACGGCUGGUGAAGAUUGAUAGCAGUCUUGCAGUCAUCACUCCGGGAGAAACCUUCACUUUUGCGUUGGGAGCAGUCUGCCAGCAGGGAUUCCACAUGACGCCGCACCUCCAAUCGAUCCGCGUGAUGAUGUUCUUCUCCUUCAUCACGUCCCUGUUCCUGUUCACGUCGUACUCGGCCAAGAUCGUGGCGCUGCUGCAGAGCCCCUCCACCUCCAUCCAGACCAUCACGGACCUGGCCAAGUCUCCGCUGACCUGUGGGGUCCAGGACACGCCGUAUAAGAAGACUUAUUAUCUUGAGAACCCUCACCCGGCGACCAAGUUGCUCUACGAGCGCAAGCUGAAGCCUCAGGGGGACCGCGCCUUCUCCUACAGCGUGGUGGAGGGCGUCGCCAGGCUGCGCACCGGACAGUUCGCCUUCCAGGUCGAAGUAAGCUCGGGCUACGACAUAAUAAGCAAAACAUUCACCGAAUCGGAGAAGUGCGGGCUGAACUACAUCGAUCCAUUCCGGCUCCAGACUCUCGGGAUACCGAUCAAGAAACACUCCGGUCUGAAGGAAAUAUUCUCUACAAGGCUCCGCUGGUACCGCGACACGGGUCUCAUGGGCCGCUCGGCGCGCACGUGGUUCGCCACCAAGCCACGCUGCGACUCCGGCGCGGCUGGAGGGUUCGUCAGUGUUGGCAUCACUGACUGUCUCCCUGCUAUACAGGUGCUGGGUAUAGGGGCGAUGCUGGCUGCGGCUCUAUUGCUUGUUGAGAUCUCCGUUCAUAAGUUGUACAUGAAAUACUCAAUGAAAAACCAACAGGAUAUGUGAAUUUUAAGAACACAAGCAAUAAAGUAAUAGUUCAAUAACUUUUUGUUUAUUAUUGAGUACUUCUACAAUAUGAAACCACACCUAUGUCACGUUUUUUACC